AUGAAUAUACAAAAUAAACCUCAAAUAAUCGAACAUAUAAAUUAUUCUGUUGAUAAUACUAUUUAUGAUGUGAAAUGGAUUGAUGAAAAAUCUAAAAUUGUAGCUGUUGGUGAACUUUUAGAUAAAAAAGGUUAUAUAAAUAUAUAUAAUUUAAAUAAAGGAAAAUUCACAUGUGAUUCUAGCAACAAAACAAAUAAUGGAAUAAAAACAGUUACUCCUUUUUAUUCUUAUACUGGGAAUUAUACUUUAGCAUGUGGUUCUUUUGAUGGAAGUAUAUUGCUUUAUGAUAUUCAUAAUUUGUCUAAAGAAUAUUAUAAAAUAAAAAAACAUAAUAAAUUAAUAAAUAAAAUAGAUUGCAAAAGUUAUAAAAAUAAUAAUAUUAUAGUAACUGCAAGCAGGGAUGGUUCAGUGAAAAUUUUUGACAUACGAACAUAUCAAGACGUGGUAAGUUUAGAACCUCCGAAAAAUUCAGCAUAUAUUCCUGAUUGUUGGUGUGUUGCAACAGGCAAUAAUUAUAUAGAAGAAAAUUCUUGUGGAAUUGGAGAAGAAAAUUUUAAUAUCUGUGCUGGAUAUGAUAAUGGUGAUAUAAAAUUUUUUGACUUAAAAAUGAUGAAUCUUGAACAUGAGGUUAAUGUUAACAAUGGUGUUUGUUCUAUUAGUUAUGAUAGAAAAGAAACAAAAAAAAAUAAAUUGAUUUGUUCAACCUUAGAAGGAAAUAUUUACCUUUUUAAUUUAGAUGUGUAUAGUGAAGAUGCUGGAUACUCUUACAGAAAAGAUAAAAUAAUUUCAGGAACUUGCUGGGGUACUCCAUUUCUGCCACAAAAUCGUGAUAUUUUCGCUUUACUAGGAGGUGAUGGAAAUUUAAUUUUGUAUAAAUAUAUAUAUCCUGAAAAAAAUCAUGUUUUUGAUGAAACAAAAGGAUGUAAAAGAGGAAUAAUUGGAGAAUUAGAUAAAUUGAAUUACCUAAAUAUAUCAACUCAACCAAUAAUCUCAUUUGACUGGAAUAGACAGAAACUAGGUCUUUGUGCUUUAGCUUCAUUAGAUCAAACAAUUAAAGUUUAUAUAAUUACUAAACUAAAUUUAUAUUAA